AUGCCAUGUUUACACCUUUUGUUACUCUUUCUGCAGAGGUUGGCAGCUGAUAUCCUAAAACAGGUAUGGGACUUAUCUGAUCAAGACAAUGACAUCAUGCUUUCAUUGAAUGAAUUUUGUAUUGCUCUCUUCCUCAUGGAGAGACACACGGAAGGUCACUCUCUUCCAAAGGCACUUCCAUCUGACAUUUUGUUUGAGAAGACACCAGUGACAACAGUAGUGAUACUCCUAGUGUUGAGCACCCCAACUUGUAUGACAUCUGUUAAGAGGAGGGGAUCAGCAGGUGUGGUGGAAUCCUUGAUACUUUUGAAAUCACAUGACAAUAUGCAUGCUCCAUUUACUCAGACACUUCAUUAUCUAGAAACAGUAAGAUCAGAUCAAUUACUGGAGCAAAUGGUGUGUACUGCUUUCAGAGCUACAGCUGACACUCUUAACCAGACUAGCAUUAGCAGUGAACAAGCUACUGGUGGCAGUGGGAAUCAAUGGAGUCACCAACAGGGGGAGAUUGAGACUCAUAGGAUUCUUCUAAGUGAUAAAAUUCAAUGGAAGAAGGAGUACAAUCGGGGUUGUGAAAUUGAUGGGAAAGAAGAAAAGAAACCGAAGGCGUUGCAGCCCUUGAUGGUCCUGGGGUGGCAUAUCCAUCUUACAAUACAAAACAAAACCACAAUAGAGUUAAAAUUGUGCAGAAGCAUUUCUUAUGCUGCAGUUGCUGCUCAUGCAGAUCAGACUAGCAGGAGGAAAUUAGCACUUUUCCAGGUUCCUUUGUUACUAGGCAUUGGGGAAGAAGAUACAGCCCUGACUAAGGCAACUGAAAGUGGCGAUACUGAUCUUGUUUAUCUUGUUCUCUUUCAUAUAUGGUAG